AUGCCACCGCAAUCAACGAAGGGAAUGAAACGGCGACUGUCGCCUUCCCCUUUGCUCGACCCAUCCAUCAGCGAUGCCCCCCCUAAAAAGGAGGGUGGGGCUUGGCUCGGGGUUGAGCCACCCUCUGGCCACCAGGACGUCCCGCCGCCUGACAUCCCACCCCCGCAGCUGGCUUUGAUCGAAACCUUUGUCCGGGAGGGAAAUCAUGAUGAGGCGUUCUCCGAAGAAUGUUCACCUGGAGAGUUUGAAGCAAUCAAGGAUGCGGCUGAAGACGGCCGCAUCGGCCCAGACAGUGAAAGGAUCAGAUUAGAAUAUUUGGGCGGGAAGCUCAUGUUGGAUGACCUCAAGGGCAAGAUGCUCAUCUUGCGCGGUGAAGAAUUAGUGGCAGCAACGCCGUUCGAUAAAACGUCCAGGUACCUCGCAGUGGACACAGCAAUGGACGAAGAGACAGGGAAAACACCUCUACCCCCUGGGCAAGACACCCAUACAGAUACCAUCAACUUUGCGAAACAUUGGUUCAUCAGAGACGCCCUAGAGCAAGACUCCAUGGAAGAAACAUUUUUUAGCAUCAUCCCCAAAGAGAUUAUCGCGAUCAUUCAGAAGAAUAUCGAGUUGGAUAAUGCCAAAGAAAGGCCAAACGACACUCUGGGGGCCGAUCAGAAGAGGGUGAAAGUGGUCAGGAAGCGGACGCUCGAUGCCUUCAAGGCGUCGGUCGAGCUCCAAGGGUUGCCCGUGCUGAAGAAGCGCAAAUUAAGGUAA